CCGGCGGGCGGAGCGUCCACCUGCGUGCCGGCUGGCCGAGGCGGCCCGAGCUUGCCUACGCGGAGGGCCCUGAAGUCGGGGCCGAGUCGGGGCGGCCCGGCGUCUAUCACCGCCGCGAAGAUGGUGCUGGGCGGCUGCCCGGUGAGCUACUUGCUGCUGUGCGGCCAGGCGGCCCUGCUGCUCGGCAACCUGCUGCUGCUGCAUUGCGUGUCCCGGAGCCACUCGUACAACGCCACAGCCGAGCUGGAGCUCACGUCUGCGGGCGCCGCCCCGCUGGAGGGCCCUGCCGCCCCGACCUGGGAGUACGGCGACCCCCAGUCACCCGUCAUCCUCUGCUCUUACCUACCGGAUGAGUUCAUAGAUUGUGAUGACCCAGUGGAUCAUGUUGGAAAUGCCACUGCGUCCCAGGAACUUGGUUACGGCUGUCUCAAGUUUGGAGGUCAGGCCUAUAGCGAUGUGGAGCACACCUCAGUGCAGUGCCGGGCCCUGGACGGAAUCGAGUGUGCCAGCCCCAGGACCUUUCUACGCGAGAAUAAGCCUUGCAUAAAGUACACCGGACACUACUUCAUAACCACGUUGCUCUAUUCCUUCUUCUUGGGGUGCUUCGGAGUCGAUCGCUUCUGUUUGGGACACACUGGGACAGCAGUUGGAAAGCUGCUGACACUUGGAGGACUUGGGAUCUGGUGGUUCGUCGACCUUAUUUUGCUCAUCACUGGAGGGCUCAUGCCGAGCGAUGGCAGCAACUGGUGCACUGUCUACUGAGAAGCUCUGCUGUCCCUGCGGGCAAGCAGAUGAGUUGUUUGGCUGCCCAGCUCCUUACUACAAGUUCAGAAUUCUCUGAAAAGGAGUUUCCUUAAAGAAUCUUUGGACUUUGGAUUUUCAACCCAGAUCUUAACCUUUCAGACCAGAAAUGACAAGCACACUGUUUGGAAUACAGUCCGUUCCUUUCCUCGUGUACAAAGUGUAAGAUAGUGACUUGCACCCCACAGAUCGUGUUCCGUACUGUUUCUGAACACUGCUCUGUCUUCGGUCCUUUGAAGCAGGGGGACCCAACAGGAUAAACAAAGUGAAUGUGUUUACCCACACGCCUUCUCUGACCCUGAAUCUUCACGCACUGGAAAUUAGGAGCUGAGCCAAUGAAAUCUUCAGAAGAAAUGGCCAUAGAUUUUAAUACACACCAAAAUUCUGAUUUUUAAAUUGCAGAAUAAAUUUUGACAACCUGAUUGCUGUGUAUGACUGUCAGAAACAAGGUUUGAUUUCCCCGUCGUACAAUCAUGGAGAGAGAGUCGUUGUCCUUCACAGCAUCAAUGACAUCAGUUGUGGUGGUGACAGGUUGCCCAUUUAUGCUGACAAUUACAUCAUGGUCUCUCAACCCGGAGCUGGGAAGGAAAAAGAGAAGACAAUCUGCUCAUCUGCAUCUCUCUUGUGCUGCUUUGCUGGCAAUAGACACUUCAACCAGGAAAGCAGGACUAGCUUCCAUCCUUCCAAAUGUGAGGGCUGUGCUGAAAUACGCUGUGAAGGACCUGAGGACAGCGAGCCUGUCUGGUUAUGGUAUGAAAUGAUCCUGUCAGAAUCCGGACCUUCACUCCUUGAACCUGGAUUUCAUUCAGAAUGGAGAGUAGAGCUCCUCCUGUCUGUCCUGAUGCCUGUCAGCCUCUCUACUGGGCUCACCAGCGAUACUGCCAAGCCCAGGCAAUACUUUUUCCCAGAAAGCUGUGCUCUGAGCGGUCUGACUGGACAGUCCACAGUUUCAGGAACUGGAGAGUGAUGCAUGUUAGAAAUGUUCUACUUACAGUAAAUCAGAAGCUACUCACCCUUCCAAGUCUAAAUAUUUAAAGCCCUGGCUCUAGGCUGUUUUUCCUGAAAACUGUUACAUUCCCUCUCCAACAUGUUUGCCUCACAUGGAGCAAAUAUUCAAAGACACAAAAGCCAGCUCCAAAAACAUCUCUACAAUAAACAUAUAGCUAAGCUAUAUAUGUUCGUCUUCAAGGUAAAAAUAGUCUACAAGAGGGUCAUCAAAUUAAAUGAUUCCAGAAGACUAUUUAAGGGAGAGGAGUAGCUCAGGAAAAAUGGCAGUAUGAACAGAUUACCAAAAUACAUGGUGUUUAAAAAGAAAUAAGGGCUGGGUACCGCUAAGAAGUAAAUUUAGGGUGUGCUUAGCAUGCAGCACGCAUAAGGUCCUUAGUUCAGUGCAAACACACACAGGAAAAAAAAAAUGGGAAAUACAGCAACAGGAUGUGAAGAGAAAGAAAAAGCUACAAGCAAGAAAUCCUUAACAGUGGAGGAAGAUGCCGGGACUGUGUGUGCAAAGAAAGAAUGUAAUUCAGUAAUCAUCUGAGCCGGGAACAAGAAAGAGCUUGUGCGUCACCAGGGCCUGCUGUGCACUGAGCAUGAGGGAGUCGCACAGACAGGGUAAAGAGCCUUCCCCGUGUCUCCUGAGUUGCAGGAGGUUAAAGCAGGAUAUGACCCUGGAUGUUUCAGGGUUGAAAACCUUUCUUGCCACUGGUCAGCUCUGCCUCUUGAAAACAAGAGCAGCCAAAAAUGGGGAUUAGCCAGGGUUAAGCUGGGAUUCAGAGCCCUUGUCUCACCCAUAAGGAGCUAAGUUAACUCGCCUGGAUGUCUGACAUGGCUGCUUCCCUGUAAAGACCUAUGUCAUCAGGCUCUUCAAACAACUAUAAACACCUUGGUGCCUGAGAUGCUUCCUGCAUCUAGCUGCAGUUUUUAAACAGUGGACGAAAGGCAGCAAGGACUGACAUUGGAGUAUCCAAGACCUACAGUAAUUCUCACCUUAACACAUAACCCACUUGGGGAUCCUGUUAAAAAUGAAGUCUUGCUGGGGUGGAGACGGGUGGUAGAGCAGGUGUGUAGCAUGCAAAAGGCCCUGACUUUGAACUCCAGAAAGCAAGGACUAGAGUGAAUGAGAUGGGGAGGGGGAAAGGAGGGAGGGAGAUGGGGGCAGAGAGAGGAGAGACUGAUUCAGUGGUGGGCUUCUGACUUAUUCUGACUGGCUCCCACUGGCACUCACACCACUGGUCAUGCAUCAUGUUGAGAACAACUUAGGGAGUUGAAUAUAGUUGCCUUGGCCUUGGAUCAGAAGUUAAAAAUAAGGAGUUAGAGGACAAGGAGGGCUGGGACUGGGAAAGUCUAGAGAAGCCUGUGACAAGCCACAUAAGUGGUACAAGACCCAACACAGCCAUGCUGAACUGUUGUUCCUGUGAUUUCUUCCCAGUCUAAAAGACUUGUCUAAACAGAUCGCUGAGCUCUUGAGACCCAGACACUGAGGUUAACAAAGCACAGGAGAAUAAGACUUCUGGGUAGGACAAGCCACCACUUCUGUAACAGCAAAUACCCCAAACAAUGCUGUAGGCAGUGGGUGAACGUUCAUUAGGGGAUGUUCUUACCUUUGAUACAACAACACAAGUGUCAGCCCUGGCCUCCCACACUGUCUUUCAGAGUUAAGAGAAAAAGUUUUUCCAGAAGACCUACAGGACUCAGUGUAUCAUGUUAAGUUAGCAGGAUCAAAAAUAAAACUAUAAUAUGUGCUAA